UCGUCAAAAGUCGGCGGAUAGAAAUCGGCUAAAAGGGUCGGGCGCAGUUAACGAUCUCGCGCGCUAUUUUCCAAUAGAUUUGCACAGAAAGAGGGAAAGCAUAAGUUUCACAAACAAGAGGUAUCCCAGCUGAGAUUGACCGGGGGAGGGGGCGGAUUUUAUGAAGUAAACCCGUGUCCGUUUGCCGCCCCGGGGGCUUUAUUUUAAUUUUAUUCAGUGUGUUGUGAGGGGAGGCCUGAGGCCUAGGCGGUGAGUAGGCCGCUGCCGGCGCCGUUGGGCAGGCAGAGCAGAGCCCGGCCUGGGCACAGCCGACCACACCGAGGACAUGGCGGCUAAUUUCGACGUCCAGAAGCAAGAAAGCUGGUAUUUCGGGCCCAUGAGGCGGGACCAAGCCGUCUCUCUGCUGCAGGGCCAGAAGCACGGCACUUUCCUGGUGAGGGACAGUCGCACCAUCCCAGGGGACUACGUGCUGAGUGUCAGCGAGAACUCCAAAGUGUCGCAUUAUAUCAUCAACAGCCGGCAGCAGCAAGGCCCAGGCCCCGGGCCCGGCCGUUACCGCAUUGGCGACCAGGAGUUCGAGCACUUGCAUGGCCUGCUGGAGUUCUACAAGAUCCACUACCUGGACACUACCACCCUGCUGGAGCCUGUCCACAGGCCCAACGCCUCGUACAUGCCUUCUAACAGCGUCCCGCCCGAGGAGGCCCACUUCGUCCGAGCCCUCUUCGACUUCCCCGGCAACGACGAGGAAGACCUGCCGUUCCGCAAGGGCGACGUGCUCCGUAUCCUGGACAAGCCCGAGGAUCAGUGGUGGAACGCGCAGAACAGCGAAGGCCGCUGCGGCAUGAUCCCCGUGCCUUACGUGGAGAAGUGCCGGCCCAGCUCGCUGCUCGGCCCGGCGAACAGCCCCGAGGGCGGCCAGGCGGCGGUGGGGGCGGCCCAGCACCAGCCGCCGUCGGGGGUCGGCGGAGUCGGGCAGCCAGAGUUCGGGCCCUAUGCCCAGCCCAGUGUCAGCGCCUCGCUGCCCAACCUUCAGAACGGGCCGGUGUAUGCCCGGGCCUUCCAGAAGCGAGUCCCCAAUGCCUAUGAUAAGACAGCCCUGGCCCUGGAGGUUGGUGACCUAGUGAAGGUGACCAAGAUCAAUGUGAAUGGCCAAUGGGAAGGAGAAUGCAAUGGUAAACAUGGUCACUUCCCUUUCACCCACGUUCGACUCCUGGAUCAACAGAACCCUGAGGAGGACCUAAGCUGAGUGCGCUUGUUUUUAAAAACAAUGAUUUGAAUUACAAAUGGGAACAAGUUUUCUCUAGUUCACUUUCUCCCCUGAAGACUUUGGCCCUUUGACGUUUACAGUAACCCAGAAAGAUAACAGCUGGCUCUGAGUCUGCAGCCUGCAGAUCCCAGUGAAGAACUGUGCUGGUAGAUAUUUUAAUGUCACUUCUCAUCUGACUUAAUGAUUUUGUUCAUCAGUGCUUGCGUUUAUGGCACACAAUGUGAUGUACAGCUUUCUCCAUAUCUAGCCUGCUCCAGAGCAGCCAGUUAGAGAGCUGGUCUAACUCUAGUUGACACUAAUUGAUGUCCACACAAGUAUUGGUUGGAUACUGUGGUCAGAUGUGUUGAGAAUAUGUUUAAAAACAACUCUCUUCAGUGGCCAAGUGAAUAGCAACGCCCCCUUUUUUUGUUUUUGCAACACCAACCCAUUCAGAUCAGAGGCCUGGUUCCAUCUUUGUUCUGCAUUGAGUUAGCAGGAAUUCAGUUAGAGUCCUGAACCAGAGGAUUAGGUGUAAGAGAUAUGUAGCAUAUGUGGACUUGAACAAGGACAGGAUUUACAUCUGCUGUGAUGCCAUCUGUGGUUGAACAGCCUGCUCAUCCUAUACAUGGCAAAAGCCCAUUUUGGGUGAGCAUUGAAGGUUGGGGAUUGUUCCCUACACCUGCACCAAUCAACAGCAGAAGAGAGGUUCAAGUUUAAUAAUUCUGUUUGUUACAUGUCCUCACACAUUAUCUUUACUGUUCGUUGUUGUAAAUACUAAACACUACUGAUUGGGAAUAUAUCUUACUAAUUUUGGAUGAUUUCAGGUACUUUAAUAAGCCAAUGAAUAUGUUCUACAGUUUCAACACACAAAUGUUUUUAAGGUAACACAUUCAGAGAGACACUACACUUGUAUGGGCAACUGACCUACCUAGUCUACAGAUGGACCAUCAGCUGUACAAUGCAUGGAAACAACUCUUGCCUUAUUGGUUUUGGAGGACUCAAAUCACAGAAGUGGUGCUUUUAAAGUUUCAUCAUGAGGCCAAGUCCAAUGUCAAAUGAAAUACUACUUUCUCCAGUUGCAGCCUUCUCCCAGGCCUCGCAAUUUGACAAAAAUAAAAUUCUGAAGAGGCCAGGUCUUUAUAAGAAAUGUAAUCAUGUAUUUUAAGUGCUGUCAUGCCUGGGAGAACGGCAAAAUGAAACACUAAGUACGUUAACACUAAAUGAGGAGAGGGUCAACAAAUUUCAGCCGUGAGUUUUCUCCAAAUGAUGUAGAAACUGUCCACCAAGGUGACCAAGAGCAGUGAAUUUCAAGUUGGUGUUUGAGUUCACUGGCGGAUCUGUGCCUAAUGUUGAAUAUUUAGGUAUGCUUGAACAUUGACAUUGCGGGACAGUUAUUGAACAAUGAAAGUGCUCUGCAGAUCUAUAACUUAGACUGUUUAGGGACUAAAUCCCUUGUCUUCCUAUCUUUGGUGUGAAUAAAAUUACGUUACUCUUCAAACAAGUAUAAUUUCUACAUGUGAAAAAUCAACUUGAUAGUACAAGAAGAUAUAAAGAAAAGCUAAAUAUUGAGAAACAUUCUUCUGAACUGACUGGGUGUUCAAUGUUUUACUGAUGUUAAGUUAACUUACAUCAUAGUCAAAUAUCAUUUUGCAGUUGUGCUCUAAUUUGCAAAAUAUUUCUCCCUAAGUCCAGUUCUCGUCUGCCUUCUAAUUCUUGUUCUGAUUUCAGAUUGUAAUUUUUUUUUGUUUUGUGACUUGGAACUGUAGCAACAUCAGGACGUGGAUGUUUCAGAAAGUACCAUGGAGAAAUAGCAUGUGGGUGGGAUCCGGGUUGGCUGCCUUCUGAGUUUGGUCCCCUGGGAAAGGCUUCAAGUGUUAAUUGAGAGGGUGGGAGAGACCAUUCCUUUCAAUGGCAUCUAGCUAGCAACCAUUGUAAAAUGUAACUUCAAUUAUUGCCAUUUGAAUCCUAUUCUGCUCGUAUCCUUGAAGCACUGGAUCUCUGUGCUAUCCCUCAGGAAGAUGUUUUGAAUAUGUUUGCAGCUGUAGUUUAUCUGUGUCUUUGUCAUCUGUGUCAGGAGUUAAAUUUAAUUCAAACCAUCUGUGCAGAUUGCUAAUGAGAGAAGUUGAACAGAAAUUUAGCAUGUACUUAUCUCAUGUCUACUAUUAAUUGCCUCCUGUCCUUUCACUUGGGCUUAGUAGAAGUGAGAAAUUUCAGUUUCCUCAUUUCUAGAAGCCAUACAGAUGUGCGACAAAGCUUAACAUCAGUCAGAAAAAUUAGAGCUACGAAGAGGGUGGCACUGAUUUUUACUCACAGUAAUGAAUCAUCUUACCUUAAAAAAAAAAGUAUUUGAUUUGGAUUUUGAUUUUAAAACAAUUUUAGUAUGAAAGACUGGCAAAUUUGGCUUGAGGGGGGUGGCUGGAUGACAUCUUGGUAUUCUUCAAGCUCUUUAACCUCUCUAUACACUCUGGUAUUCAGCUUUCCUUUAUAUUCCAAUGUGUAAACAUGACUUUUUCUGAAGUCCUUGAGGCAAUGCUAAAAUUGAAGUUAGUUGGUGUUUAACAAGUGCAGUUACUUACCAAUGUUCCUAAAUUAAGUUGUCAUGCUCUUUUAAAAAUCAAUGGACAGUGGAACAAUAGGAGUGGCCAGCACCUGUUGGAGAAAAGUUGGCCAUCAGGGAACAACUGUAACCGAUCAACAAAGAUCGCACUUUCUGGAUAAAACCUUACAGCAAUGGAAGUAGAGCCAAACACUAAUCACACUGUUUGGUUGCUUGCCUCAGUCUCAGUAACUCUUUGCUCAACCAUAUUGAUUAAUGUGGACUUUGUUUCCUGAUGGUCACUCUGCUCAUCCCAGCUGUAAUAAUGCACAGCCUGGAGCUCUAAUGCAUCCGUGCCAAUCGGUAUUUUAAUCAUGUAUUAAUUCAUCAUGGGCCCUUGGCACAGUCUCAGCCAUGUCAUGAUUAAACCUUCACCCUAAAUUAACACACUUGUUAUGUAAUGCUUGUGUGAAUAGUAUAGUAUUUGAUAGUUAAGGACAUUGAAGCUACCUCUGUGAUGGGAGAGGUGGUGUUGAUCACUUGAGCCGGGUCUCUGAGCUUGCUCGAUGGUUUUCAUUUUUCUGUGCUACUCCAUUGUGUGCUACGAUGUUGCUUCAGUUGCCAUUCAGCAAUUUUUGUGCCAGUUAAAGUUCCUCUGCCAAAUCAUUACUGCAAUCUGGAUAACCCAUCCUUCUGUGCUACUUUUAAAUCACUAUGUACUGAACUGUGCACCCAUACACUAAUUCAGCACAGACCAGGGAUGGAACCUGCUCCACUCACUACAUAAAGUUGCAGAACCUUUACAGCCCCAAUUAUUAACUUGUAAAAGAAAAUAGACAUUUUUAGUCCCUUCCUGGUGUUUUUAACAUACUGUGGGGCAAGAAGGUAGCAAACGCACCUGGAUUUCAGCUUUUAUAGAAUAUCUUGCUACUGUGAAGUCACUAACACUCACUCCCUGCUUUUUCCAGUUUACCGUUUAAGCUCAGCACAUCUUCCUGCUACUUGUAAUGGGUCAUUUUGGGGCCGAUGGGGAAGAUUCAGAAUGAUCCUGAGAUUAAUGAAGGUGAGAAGUUGAUGUGCUGAGCUGCUCUUCACAUUAGUUGCCAUUACCCUACUAGUGCCUUUCGAAAUGUCUUGUGAUUAAUCAAUCCAAUUAACCCAAUCCGUUGUAACUAUUGAAGUUGCUGGCUCUUGUGUUAAAUCAGCCACUUGCCUAAUAACCCUCUGGGCUGAUUUUUUGUUUUUGGAAAAAAAUCUAUAUUCAGGAUUAUGUGAACAAUUUUUCAUGGGUCACCUCUAAGUCUUUAAAUUCGGGACUAAAGGUGAGCAGUAGUGUUUUGUACUUGGGGGCAGCUAUCAAAGAAUAAUACAGCAUCUAGUCAGUAUACAAGGCAUCCAGUUGUGUAGCAAUAAAGAUGCUCAAUAACUUUUCAUUUCUUCCAGUGGUGGCUUCUCUACCAUGACAUCUGUCACAUCAGACUUUUUUUAAUGGUCAAGAUUACUUUUUCAGGAUUUUCUGCUUGCUUCUACUUGGCCUUCAUGUUAAAUAGACCUGAAACUCUGUCCUUGGGUCCAAUGGGCUGCUGCAGGAUUCUCAUGUCAUCUUAUUGAAAUCUUUCAACUGAUGAAUAUAAUAUUCUACAUGUCUGUGGCCAAUUUGCUUGAUGUGGCAAGUGAAUUGGACAACUCUAGACUGCUACCUGCCUCCAUUUUGUUGCUAUUUGCAUUGUGGGGUAGGGAACUGUUAUUUUAUCUUUCUGGACUACAUAGUACCUACCCAUCCAAUAACUUGUCUGUAUCCUAAUCUUUAAAUUAGCUCUUAUAGUAUUUAAGAAAAUCUUCAUUUUUCUGUCAAUCUAGCAUUUAAAAGUUGUGAAUUAUGGGUUCUGAAAGUUUGGAUUUGUCCUGUCUGGUAGCCUCAUCACUGCAAACCGUACUGUUUGGGAAAUGGCACAGCUGUUCAUUGUUUAACUUUUUUUCAGCCAGUAAAAGUGAUUUUUGCAGCAACGGAACUUGAUACUUUAAAUUUUGAAAUAACCAGCUAAUGGCUACAAAAGUGUUUUUCUAGCAGUGAGAUUUUUAAAAUUUAAAUCUCUGGUGCUAACAGUCAACAGUGCUAUUGCGAGUGCAGUAUUAACUGCUUAUGUGCAUCAGACUGUGUGCUAGUUAAUGGUAGUAAGCACUUUUUAACAAACAACUGUCAGUCUUGAAUACUUAAUAUCAAACACCUUCCCAGUUGUAAAAACUUCUGAUGAGUUUGCAGUGCAGAUGGAUAUCUAAGAACAGCGCUUAAUGUUAAAAUAUACCUAAGCAAAUCACUGUCAGCAGUCAUUGCUCAGGCUAAUCUGCUUGGGCCUUUGUAACAGUUGGAACACUUGUGCUGAAAGUUGGCAAUAUAACAGUGUAACUGAGUCCAGUGGACCAGGAAUGACUGCAGGUUGUGUAUGCAAGUCCUCCCAUUUACUGUUGGAAUGAUAAAAUUCACUGGAUUUUGCCUUUUCACAAAAGACUGGAUUUGCAAAGGUCAAAUGAUAUGACAUCUGUGGAGAAAAGAUUAGUUGAUGCUUUGGGUUAGGUGGUAAUCAGCUGAUUGGAAUGGGAGGAUCUCUCCUUCCUCUCAGCUGCUAUUAACCAUUGGAUGUUAUUGUGGAUCAAUGCCUUUGUAACGCUAUUUUCCUCCCCAGUAUUUACAGUAACCGUCUUGUGUCUUCAGGACAAAUCUAAUUUGGUGAUCACACUUUAUAAGAACUGAACAUUUACACAGGCUCACUUCGAUAAGCUGAUGCUCAGUUUUAAUAUAAUUGGCUCCUUUAUGUUGAAGUAAUAGUCUGUUCGACUCCAACUAUUCCAUUCUGGCAUUCAUUCAUUCUAUUGGCUUCAUAUGGCCCAAUGAGACCAGUUUAUUUACUGAAAAAUAGCC